UAAUCUGUCUUCAAUGAAAACUUAUCUAUGGUUCUAUGGUGUGGAUUAUAGUAUUUAAUAAUAUUGUGAUAUUAUUAUACCUGUCACGUGGAAAUAUUGAGUAACAAAAUGUAAUAUGUAUAGUUUUUUAUUAUACCGAGUGCGCUGAGAGAGCGCAAGUCGGCGGCGACCUAAAUCGGUUUUACUGCGCAACCCCAAACGUCACUCUGCCCAUGAUAUAAUAAACUUUUAUAUCAUGAAACAUCAUAAAGUUUAUUAUAUCAUGACUCUGCCAUAGGGAAACCGGUUUCGAUAGCAGAGAGACGCGGGAGGAUGCGCGAGCCGACUUGCACUCUUUCGGCGCACUCAGUAUAGUAAUAUAAUUCACGUUUUUCUAAUUUUCUACUAUAUAAUACACGUCAGUUGUUUAGAGACAAAAAUCAAAAUUAAUACACGACCGCUUAUAAUUUAUUAUGACUCCGAUUACUAAAGAAGAUGGACAAAAAAUGAAGAAGAAAAAGAAAAAAACCAAGCUAUCAACUAGAAAUGAAAUUGCAUCUAAUUAUUCUACUGCCAAUCCAUUGAAAUGUAAUACUCAGUUAAUCUCUGUCUCACCAAAAAAGAUCCUUUAUUCAGAAACCAGUGACAAAUAUUUGAAUUGUGACAAAACCGAAAAUACCUAUUUACAUAAAGAUAAAUUUUCAACUCAUAUUUCUAUUGCAAAUAUUUCAGAAGUUGAAAAAGGAUUAACAUUAUUAAAAAAGAAAAAGAAAAAGAAAAAAGGAGAUAAAAAAAGGGAACAAAAUAAUAAAAAAAUUAAAAAAAAGAAAGCUGCAUUGAAGUCAAAUGAGUUUAAUGCUGAGACUUGUGAUGAUAUUUGCAAGAAUUUAAGUAAAGACAUAAUUGGCGCUACCAAUUUAAAUAAAGAUGAAUUGACAACUUGUAUUUCUAUUUCAAAUGCUACAGAAGGAGAUGAUAUAGAAUUUAUAUUAAAAAAAAAUGAGAAAAAAAUGAAAAGUAAAAAAAAGAUGUUUAAUAAUAAUAGUUGUGAUUACAAUAAAGUUAUAUUGAAGACAGAACAAAAUCAAAAGACUCAAUCAAAUAAGGAUUGUAAAGCAGCUUUUGGUUUGAAUGAAUGUAAGAAAAAAAUUCGAAAAGCUAAUAAAGAUAAAGCUGUUACUAACAUUACUACGCCAAUUACUUCAAUAAAUGAAGACGAGUAUAUAAGAUUAAAAAAGAUAGUAAAAAAAAUUAAAAAGGAAAAAAAGGAAAAGAAAAAAAAUCAACAGAUUCAACUUAUAAAUAAUUUAAAAAAUGAAAAUGAUCCAAUUCAUACAAAGAAGAGAGUUUACAGUAAAAAAAAACUAGAUGAGUGCAAUGAAAUGCUUUUGGAUUUUAAUGAACCCUUCAAAAAAAUGCAUAAUUUGGCUGCUACUUCCUUGUGUACAGAUUAUGUUAAUGUUUUAAAAAGUCCAUCAAAAAAAUUUAAUAAAUCUAAGAUUGCAACUGAAGAAGAAAUUGAGACGUCAAAAGAUGAAACUAAAAAUAAAAUUCAUAAAAAAAAGAAAUAUUUGAAUAGAGUUAUAGCUGAUGAUUGCUCAAAAGAAAUGAACAUUGAUACUGAAAUGAUUAACAGUGUUCAUAAUUCAAGAAUUUCAAAAGUCCACAAGGAUCCUUCCAAAUUAUUACAUAAAUUAUCAAAGAAGAAGAAAGCUAUAAAGGCCGAGGAGGUUAGUACAGGAAAAAUGUUAACCAAAAAAUUGAACAAAAGUGAACGACAGGCGACUGCUAAGGAAUAUUCGGCAAACAGUUACCCCAGAUCAGUGGACAUGGCGGAUAAGAGACCAUACAAUUAUAAUAAUGAUCGUGUUUCUAGAGAAGACGGCACCAUAGCCGACACAGAUUUAUAUUUCAGCCGAAAUUAUGGUAAAGAGUCAAACAUUUCCAACAGCUCAUCGACCAAUCACGAAAAUGUUCGUGUAGAGAAAUCUUCUUUCGAGUGUGACGUUUGCUUUAAAACGUUUAUUAGCAAAUCUAAAUUAUGUGUACAUUAUAGAACGCAUACCGGCGAGAAACCAUUUGCGUGCGACGUGUGUGGACGAUCAUUUAUAGCAAAGGGUGAUUUGGUCAGACAUAAUAGAACGCAUACCGGCGAGAAACCAUUUGCGUGCGACGUGUGUGGACGAUCAUUUUCGCAAAAAACCAAUUUAGUUAUACAUUAUAGAACGCAUAACGGGGAAAAACCAUUUGCGUGCGACGUGUGUGGACGAUCAUUUGCGCGAAAACCCCAUUUAGCUCUACAUUAUAGAACGCAUACCGGGGAAAAACCAUAUGCGUGCGACGUGUGUGGACGAUCAUUUACGCAAAAAACCUCUUUAGUUUUACAUUAUAGAACGCAUACCGGCGAGAAACCAUUUGCGUGCGACGUGUGUGGAUGAUCAUUUGCGCGAAAACCCCAUUUAGUUGUACAUAAUAGAACGCAUACCGGUGAGAAACCAUAUGCGUGUGACGUUUGUGGACGAUCAUUUACGCAUAAAACCUCUUUAGUUAUACAUUAUAGAACGCAUACCGGCGAGAAACCAUUUGCGUGCGACGUGUGUGGACGAUCAUUUGCGCGAAAACCCCAUUUAGUUGUACAUUAUAGAACGCAUACCGGGGAAAAACCAUAUGCGUGUGGCUAUUGUGAAAAAGAAUUCUCAAAUAGCAGUAUACGUUCAAGACAUAUACGAAGUAUUCAUUUCAAAUGUUUUUAAAUUAUUCACUAAUUAUUAGUAUCAUAUCAGCCAUAGCUCAUAAACGAAGUCAGCCGUUCAUCACACCGCUGGUCCAGAGCAGGAUAUCACUACAUCAUAAUAUGCAUUAUGUGAUGUUCACUUAAAUGCCUUUACAUUCCCCCGCUCGGUAGUUCACAACGAACUAGAAGCAAAACCUUACAGCUCGCUGCGUCAGUAACGAACUUCCGUCAUAUUUGUGUGAAUAAAAAAAUUGUAUAGGUACAGCUGAAAUGUAGUACCAACAAUCACUUAACGUCAUCGUUUGUUCCAACACGUUCAUCAGUAAAUAUAAAUUCACAGCACACCAUAGAAGGUAUCCUUUACGUUGCCCUAAAAUACAUUUUAAAAAUCACUUUAGAUACACUUACCAGGAACAAAUCUUAUUCAUAUGAUAUCCAUUGCCCUUGUUCGUGCGAGUGGUCAAUGAGUAUUUGGUAGGAAAGAAAUUUCAAAUCGCACUUUACGUAGCAAUCAUAAUACAGCAUAUUCCUAUGACACGCUGAAUGAUGAACCACAAAUAGUUAUAUAAUUAACUCGAUAUAAAUUUGGAUAAAGCUGUGGACAAGUACUUUAUAUGUAUGGACAUAUUAUUUGGACUCCAUUCACGAUGUGCUAUAUCAAUGAGAAUUUUCUACAUUUAAGACGGCGUUUAUAAUAAUUAGAUAGUGGUUUGAAUGAAAUUAGAAAAUAUUAUAAUGUAAAUAGUACAUACGUACCUACUUGCUAAAACAUUGGUAUAGUUUAUUUCAUAAAAUAAAUAAAGAUAAAAUUAAUUUUUUUAAACUAAGAUUUUGUUUGUAAAUAAUAUAUUUUAUUUUAUAACUAUAAGGGCCAUUUUAGUUGUAUAAUUUAAAUUGAAUGUAAUAUACUACGUAAUAUACAAAAUAUAUAUUGCCCGUUUUCAGUUUUAAA